UCAUGUGAAAAUUGAUACUGCUAAAUACUGACAUACUACUUCUGCUGCAACCAAUAAACCGUGUUAAUAUGUCAUACAACCAGGUGUGAUUGAUCUGUGAGUGGUCUGUUAAACAAACGUUACAACGCCGAGUAGACAUGGGCAGUAGCUCUAUAACUACAUUUUGGAAAUGCAACAAAACAGAUAUGUUAUCGAAUGUUUAGCUUUCUGGACUACUGGAAGCGUAAAUUCACAGACAUUCCUGCUAUCCGAUAAUGGGACUAUAAAUGUCUGGGCUUUUUUGCGAUAAUCGUUUUGAAAAGGAAAUACAAUACCGUUGGGAAAAUAAAAGUCGCAUACGUAAGCUUUUCUGAGUUUUCAUUUGUUUGUUAAUUUAUUCACCACCAAUGUAAACGUGCAUCGCCCCAACAUAUUAUAGAAAAGACGGUUGUACUUUUAAAGCCUUUAAAAUACGAAAUAAAAUAAAGGUAGCUCUGCUAAUUUCACUUAGUUGGAAGUUGUCAGCUUCUGUUUUUGUAUUGUUCUGGUGUUUUCGAAAUGUUCACAAGAACAUCUUCAAAAUGUAGACGCGUCAUUCUGAUUCCGUUAUCGAAUUUAAACUACAAAACAAAAUAAAUGUUUUUGACUGUCAUAAAGUCACUUUUGGUGUCCUCGUUUCAAGAAACCAAGUGAAACAAAGAACAACGAACACAAUCCAUAGCGAGUUCCGCUUAAGUUACAGUUUAUUAAAUCACAUUUUGUAAGGGUUUGUAAGGAUACCGAGUACUUCUGAGAGACCUAUUGUAAAGAAGACAUUGCUGCCCUGUAGCGCAUUUGUUUAACUGACGUGACGUGCACAUGUUGUUAGCAGCUGGUUUCAUUUUAUGGUGCUGUGGAUUGUUGAGUCACAGACAAAUGCUGCGCCACCAGGCCUUGGUGAAGGGCCGCUGCCGCGUCUUGUUCAGUGAUCUGAAGGUUUUCCUGCUCAGGCCACCGACUCCUUCAGCCCCUUAUCCUCUAUUCCUCCCCAUGAGCGGCGGAAACACAGAGAGUCAUGGCAACGGAGUUCUGGGCUCCAGCAGAAUCGUCGAUAGCAACAACACCUUGACAAGUGUCCCCUCGCCCGCAGCCCGGCAACCACCGCCGACAGGGGGCGCAGCCAGCACAGAAGAGGAGGAGGGCAGAGGUACGGGGGCAUGGGGCGACGCGGCAGAGGCAGCGGAGCACUCUGUAUCCCUUAUCAGCAGCACCUCAUCAGAUGACUUCUACAAGGGUAAAGGAGAGGACGGGCAGUCUCUAACCAGCUGCACAGACAGUGGCACGCUGACCCCACUCUGCAGAAUAUGCUUUCAGGGACCUGACCAGGGGGAGCUGCUGAGCCCGUGUCACUGCAAGGGUUCAGUCCGGUCCACCCACCAGCCCUGCCUGAUCAAGUGGGUCGGUGAGAGGGGAUCCUGGAGCUGUGAGCUCUGCUACUACAAAUACCAUGUCAUCGCUAUCAGCACCAAGAACCCACUGCAGUGGCAGGCCAUCUCUCUGACAGUGAUUGAGAAGGUGCAGAUUGCGGCUGCCAUCCUGGGCACAUUCUUCCUCAUUGCCAGCAUCUCCUGGCUCUUUUGGUCGUCAUUCAGCCCCUCCGCCAAGUGGCAGCGCCAGGACCUGCUCUUCCAGAUCUGCUACGGCAUGUAUGGCUUCAUGGACAUCGUCUGUAUAGGCCUGAUUGUCCACGAGGGCCCCUCUGUUUUCCGAAUCUUCAAGCGCUGGCAGGCCGUCAACCAGCAAUGGAAGGUGCUCAACUAUGACAAAUUCAAUGACAGCAAUGACCAGAAAGACAGGGCAAGCUCAAGGAACCUGGUGCAGCCAACCCAGGGUAGUAACCAAAUUAGUACCAACUCCUCUUCCCUCACUCCUGCGACUGCAGCCACUGUCCUUGUCACCCCGGCAACUACCACAACAACCGCCACCUCGGCAAUGGGGUUUAACCAGAACGCUGCGACUGGCUCCAGACCUCCCCUGUCUAACCACUGUGCGUACUCCAUCCUGCAUCUCCUCAGCCACCUAAGGCAGCAAGAGCCCCAAGGCCAUGCCAACUACAAUAACAGCAACAGAGAGCUGGUCAUGCGAGUAACUACAGUCUGAGAUUUUCUUUUGAGGCCUGUUUUUUGAAGGGAAAAAAAAUGGGAAGGAUUGGUGUGCUACAAAGAUAAAGCACAGCACCGGUGUAUUUUUUUGUUUUUGUUUUAUGGAAAUGAAAAAAGGGGUUACAUAACCAGCCGAGGAAAAACGAUGACAGAAUAUCGUGUGAAGGUGUGAGGGUUUCAGUUUGGAGGAGAAUAAAAAACAAGGCACGGCUUGGAUCCUAAGUGGUAGUGGACAGCAGUAUAAUGUCUCAUUUACAGGCAGAGUCUAGGUCAAUUCCUGUUUU